AGGAUAUUCAUUGCUUCCUAUGAGGUCAGAGUCCAGGGUCAGUCCAUGUUUAGUCUUUAGGUAGUGGCUUAGUCCCUGGAAGCUCUGGUUGCUUGGCAUUGUUGUACAUAUGGGGUCUCGAGCCCCUUCAAGCUCUUCCAGUUCUUUCUCUGAUUCCUUCAACGGGGGUCCUAUUCUCAGUUCAGUGGUUUGCUGCUGGCAUACGCCUCUGUAUUUGCUGUAUUCUGGCUGUGUCUUUCAGGAGAGAUCUACAUCCGGCUCCUGUCGGCCUGCACUUCUUUGCUUCAUCCAUCUUGUCUAAUUGGAUGGCUGUAUAUGCAUGGGCCACACCCUGCCUCUUGACAAACUCCCUCUCCCCCUACCUGUUUUUUCUUCUCCUCAUUGUCCCUACCUGAGAUCCCCUACUUGAUCUCAAGUCUUGUCCUCAUCUUUCCCCUGCCCAGCUAUAGGCUCUAGAUUUUUUAUUAUCCAAUAAAAGAUUAUCAAGGAGCAUUCUAUACAGAUUUUUCAUCAAUACAAUGCCCAUGUUCAGACUUUGACCUGAUCUUGGAGCACAAAACUCAUCAUUUGAAUACAAAACACAGAAGACCAAUGCAAGUGAUAUACACAGUUUUUGUAUUUAUGAGAUAUUUGAAAUUUCUUUUGCUCUCCAUUCUGAAGCAAAGCUGGAGUUGUAUGUAUGAAUCCAAUGAAAAACUACCACAUAUUAAAAGGUAUAUCUGUGACUUCCAUAUUCUUCCCUUAAUUUCCCUAUAUAUGAUCUACAUAAUAUAGGGUAGAAAUGCUGAAGAUGUAUUUGAAUUGUCCAGAGUUUACUGAACAAAACACUCUCAAUGAUCUAGGGUCCGUCCUCAAUAUUGUACAAAGUAAAUUGAAGUCUAAUGGCAUAGAUAAAUAGAUAAUAUAUGAUUCUCAGAAUUGUAGAUAAAUAUAGACCACUGUGAUACAGAAAAACCCCUUCAAGUCUGUGCAUCAUGAUACAUUCUAAUUUAAGUAGAACAAAAUCCACAAUAAUCACAAUGAUUAGUGUUUCCCCCAAAGUCAAUCCUGUUUAUUCUCUGCCCUACCAUGGGAAUGUAUCUCUGAUACCAUGCAAGAUCAUCUCCAUCUUAAAGACAAGAGAACCAAGACACAGAAGAGUGAUCUGACUUGUUGAAGGAUAGACACACUAGGAGCAGUAAUGGGGAGGAUCUAAAUCUACAUUUGCUAGAUCUGAAACACAUAAAAUUAUCAUAACAAGAACAGUAGAUGUUUUUAAAUGAAUAAAGCAAAGCUCAAAAUAAAGGGUAUAUCUGUGGCUUCCAUAUCCUUUCCUUAAUUCCCCUAUAGCACAUGUAUUGGGAAGUUUAUCUGGGAAUCACUGAGACUAGAGCCACUUUUUUCAUGAAGCCUACAUUUUGUUGUCUGUAUUUUUCAGUUGUGUUCUAUGGGAAGAUGAUAUUUGUUUACUCUAUGAAGAGUGAGAAAUGUCAAGUUUAUUUUAUUAUCCUGCCAAGGCUCUAGAGAACAACAACUUUUCCUCAGGUGGCUUCUUGUGUACUUGCUGCCACAUCUGAAAAACAGCUGCCCUACUGUUCAGCCUUUUUAACCCAAAUCUGCCAAAUCAACAUGGUGACAAGGGGAACUCUAUUAUUCUUUGUAAAAAUAUAGGUUUAAGAAAUCAUGCUGUGCAUGGAAAGAGCAAUCCUCAAUUUCAUAUGGACAAACAAAAACCCCAGGAUAGCAAAAACAAUUCUUAACAAUAAAAGAAUUUCUGGGAGAAUCACUAUUCCUGACCUCAUGCUCUAAUACAGAGCAACAGUGAUAAAAACUGGAUGGUAUUGGUACAGAGACACACAGGUUGAUCAAUGGAAUGGAAUUUAAGAUUGAGAAAUAAAAUCAUGCACUUGUGGACACUUGAUCUUUGACAAAGCCAAAAAUGUAAACUGGAAAAAGAAAAUAUCUUCAAUAAAUGGUGUUGGACUAACUAGCAGUCAGUAUGUAGAAAAAUAAAAAAAAUAGAUCCAUAUUUUUUUUCUUACACAAAGCUCAAGUCCAAGUAGAUAAUGGACCUAAACAUAAAACUAGAUGUACCGAAUCUAAUAGAAGAGAAAUUAGGAAAGAACCUCAAACUCAUUGGCAGAACUCUAAUGACUCAGGCUCUAAGAUCAAGAAUUGCUAAAUGGAACCUUAUAAAACUGAAAAGAUUCUGUGAGACAAAGGACAGUAAAUAAGACAAAUUAGCCACCUACAGAUUGAGAAAAAAUCUUUACUAACCUCACAUCUGAUUGAGGUCCAAUUCUAAAAUAUAUAAAGAACUCAACUUAAGAACAACAACAAAAACAAAGCCAAACACCAAACAAACCAAUCAAAAAAUGGGGUACAGAACUAGGCAGAAUUCACAACCGAGGAAUCUUGAAUAUCUGAGAAGCACCUAAAGAAAUGUUCAAAGUCCUUAGUGAUCAGAUAAAUGCAAAUCAAAAUGAUCCUGAGAUCCCACCUUAUGCCAAUCAGAAUAGCUAAGGUCAAAAACUCAGGUGACAGCACAUGUUGGCAAGGAUGUGGAGAAAGAGGAACACUUCUCCAUUGCUGGUGGAAUUCCAAACUGGAAAUAAAUCUGGCGGUUUCUCAGAAAGUUGAAAAUAGAUCUACUUUAAAACCCAGUUUUACCAUUCUGGGCACAUACCCAAAAGAUGGCCCAUAAUGCCACAGGAGCACAUGUGCCACUAUGUUCAUAACAGUCUUAUGUGUGAUAGGCAGAAGCUGGAAAGAACCAAGAACAACAAAAGAAUGAAUGUAGAAAAUGUGGUUCAUUUACACAAUGAAAUACUAUUCAACUAUGAAGAACGGGGGCACUAUUGGUUUUGCAGGCAAAUGGAUGGAACUAGAAAAUAUUAUCCCGAGUGAGAUAAUCCCAAAAUAAAAUCAAGUGUAUGUAUUCACCAGAGUACAUAAUACAAAAUAUAGAAUACCCAAGAUGCAAUCCACAGAACUCAGGAAAUUUAAAAAGCCAAAAGUAGGAUGAUUCUAUCCCAUUUGCUUUCUCCUCCCUCCCAAAGGAACUAAAAGAAUGUACCAGAGACCUGGAAUGUGAGAAAUUGUUAGGACUCAAAGAGAGGUAGGUACCUUAGAUGAAAUGCAGGAUAGUAGGGAUAGGGCUGCCAUCCCACCAUCAAAAACUCUGAGCCAGAAUUGUUCUUGCCUUAAAGAACUACGGGAACAAAAAUGGAGAAGGCACUUGAGAGAAAGGAGGUCCAGUGAACCAUAAAACUUGAGAUACAUCUCAAAGGGAGGCUCCAAGGCCUGACAUUAUUACUGAUGCUAUGGUGUGCUUACAGACAGGAGCCUAGCAUGGCUGCCCUCUGAAAUGUUGAGCAAGCAGCUGACUGAGACAGAUGCAGAUACAUAUAUCCAACAAAUGAUGGGGACACCUGUGCUGAAUUAAGGAAAGGUUGGAAGAAGUUGAAGAGGAGACUGACCGCAUAGGGAGACCAACCUCUCAGGCAGUAAGCCACCAACCAGGGAGCAGACACUAGCUGGUACUAGGCCCCUUACAUAUAUACAGCAGAGGACUGCCUGGUCUGGCCUAAUCAGAGAAGAUGUCCCUGCCUGUGGAGAGAUUUGAGGCCCCAGAGAGUAGGAGAGCAUGUUGGGGGUGUUGAGAUGGUGGAGACAUCCUCUUGGAAACAGGGUGGGAAGAAGGAAUGGGAUUAGGCAUUGUGGGAUGGAGGGUCAGGAAGGGAAUAAGGACUAAAUUAAAAGUAACUUAAAAAGGAAAAGAUUCACUUAUCAGUGAGUGCUUGAUCUUUUGUGACUGGGUUACCUCACUCAGAAUAAUAUUUUCUAUUUUUAUUCAUUUGCUUGUGAAUUUCAUGAAGUCAUUAUUUUUAAUAGCUGGGUCAUUGUUUUUAAUAGCUGGGUCGUAUUCCAUUGUAUAAAUGUACCACAUUUUCUGUAUCCAUUCCUCCGUUGAAGGACAUCUGGUUUUUUCCAGCUUCUGGCUAUUAUUGAUGAGGCUGCUAUGAACAUAGUAGAGCAUGUGUCUUUCUUAUAUGUUGGAGCAUCUUUUGGGUAUAUGCCCAGUAGUGGUAUAGCUGGAUCCACAAGACACCCAAGAGCUCCCAGAGAGACUAAACCACCAACCAAAGAGUAGACAUGGGGUGACUCAUGGCUCCAUCCGCAUAUGUAGCAGAGGAUGGCAUUGUAUGGCAGCAAUAGGAGAAGAAGCUCUUGGUCCUAUGAAGGUUCAUUUCCCCAGAGUAGGGGAAUGCAAGAGUGUUGAGGUGGGAGUUGGUGGGUGGUAGGGGGAGCAUCAUAGAAGCAGGGGAAGGGAAUGGAAAAUGGGAAAAUCAGGAAAUGAAAUAACAUUUUGAAAUGUAAAUACAUAAAUUAUCCAAUAAAUAAGAUUAAAAAAAGAAAAGGAAAGAAAAAGAAGUCAUUCUGUGAAAUAUCUGCUAAAUGAUAUUUACCAAAUUCUUCUACCCCUUGAUAGAACAUAAGAUUCUGUGGCUUUAAAAUUAUAGUACACUUUUCUUGCAUCUAUGUUUUAUUAAAUUCUUUUUAAAAUUUUCACAAUCAGGUAUUCUUAUAGAUUGAAUUUAUCACUUAUAUUCACACAAUUCUCCAUUAUGCUAGGUUAUUUUCAAAUAUUAAAAACAUAAGAAUGCCUUUAGAAAGAUUGAAGACAUGUGUUAUAAACAUCAUGAAUAUGUUUGAAACUUUAAAAGAAUUUUCAAUGAUCUAGUGUUUAAUUUUUCCCAGAUAAAUAUAAAAGAAGUAAGGAAUCAUAGCUAAUGCUACUUUUGUUUCUGAAAACUGAAAAGAUUAAAUAAAAUAGUUCAUCUAAAUUAUGAUAGUAGUAGAUAACUGAGAAAACAUCAAGCCUCAGGAAAGAUUCAAGGGAGAGAUUAAAAAUUUAUCAAAAACCUUAAGAUUCAGAGGUAGCAGGUACAUGACUUUCCAUUUUAAACUUUGUUUAGUAGUUUUAUGGUAUUUACAUAAUUUUGAAACUAUUCUCUCCACUUCCUCUUAUUUCCCAACAACUUCAUCUCAAAUCUCUCUCUCUCCCUCUCUCUCUCUCUACACACACACACACACACACACACACACACACACACACACACAGAGGGAGAGAGAGAGAGAGAGAGAGAGAGAGAGAGAGAGAGAGAGAGAGGCACACUGCUAGCACCAUCAUCAUCAUGAUUUCAUGAUUUAACCUCUUUUCUUAGUUAAUGGAUUGUGCCUCCUAAGUGGGAGCAGAUCAUUCCAUUUUGCAGCUACCAGUAUUCCCUCUUGACGGCCUUUGAUCUCAGUACCCUUCGUUUUAUUGCACUUUGUUUUGCAGAUCUUGCAUUUCUUGCAAACCAAGGACUUCUUGCCAGCUUGUGUCCAUCAAGCUGACAGAUGCUAUUUUUCCAACAUCAAGUGUCUGUUUCAUCACUCUGACUCAGAUUUUGCUAAUUACCACAGUAAUUUAAAGAAUUAGCUUAUUAUAGUGUCUGUGUUCAGUGAUUGUUGAAGCUGUUAGGGCGAUUGACUUGGGACAGUUUGACCUGUAAUCAUGUCACACAGUGAAUUUAAGCAGUUAAUCCUGUUAUAUAUCUGAAACAUUCCCAUUUCCUCCUCUGUCUCCACAGGCCUCUUUCCACAGGAAACACAAUACCCAAGUUAGACUUAUUCUCAAUAAUGUGUACAUGUUCCCCUGACUGUAUACUGCACAUGCCUCUCUUGAGCUUCCUCCUUCCUGCUUUCCCAUCUUGUCUUUCUUUUCUUCAUGCAUCUCACCCUUCCUUCAUUUAAUUUUAUUUUCAGUUUGUAAUCCAGACUGGCCUUUUUCUCAUAAGACUUCCAUGUUUAGCUCUUUAAAUGAUGACAUUUCAGAUGUAUGUUGCUUGUUCAGCUUGUGCCUCUUUUUUUAAACUAAAAAUACACUGGAUACAAAUAUGUGAAGGUGCCAUAUUGAAGACAGAGACAGACAAUUUGAACCCAAUAGUCAGCAAGUUUAUGAAUGUAAAAAAUAUUCUUGACAGGAACUAAAGAUGCUAUUCUAGUGAAUGCACAGAAGGGAAGAUGUAGUCCAUUUUGGUUGCUGAUGUAAAGAAGGUUUAGCCUUUAGGUUCAAAAGUAAAAACCAAUGUUGGCCAUCUCUGUGAAGCCAAUGCUUUAAUCAGGAGCAAAUCUCUAACUCUCUUGAAUUAUUUUAAGGAUACAAAUGAUGAGGAAGCUGCAGAAAAAUAGUUUUCUAGUAGUUGUUUUUAUUGAAAGCCAUGUUCAGAAGAUAUAUGUCAAAAUGAAGCAACAAAUUCUUGUAACAGCAUCAGAUUUUUUAUUAUUUUUUAUUGGAUAUUUUUUAUUUCCAUUUCAAAUGCUAUUUCCUUUCCCGGUUCCCCAUCCAUAAACUCCCUAACCCAUCCCCUUCUAUAAGGGUAUUUGACUCCCCAACAAUUCCCCCUUCCUGCCUCCCAUCCCUAACAUUUCCCUCUGCUGCAGGUUCCAGCCUUGACAGGACCAAGGGCUUCUCUUUCCAUGGGUGCCCAACUAGGCCAUCCUCUGGUAAAUAUGCAACUGGUGCCAUGGGUCUGUCCAUGUAUAGCCUUUGGGUAGUGGUUUAGUCCCUGGCAGCUUUGGUUGGUUGGUAUUGUUGUUUUUAUGGAGUUACAAGCCCCUUCAGCUUCUUUAAUCUGUUCUUUAACUCUUGCAAGGGACCCAUUCUUAGUACAAUGGUUUGCUGCUAGCAUUCGCCUCUGUAAUUAUCAUGCUCUGGCUGAGCCUCUCAGGAGACAGCUAUGUCAGGCUCCUGUCCGCAUGCACUUCUUGGCUUCAUCAAUAUAAUCUAGUUUUGGUGGCUGUAUAUAUAUGACCUGGAUCCCCAGAUAAGGCAGUAACUGAAUGUUCAUUCCUUCGGUCUCUUCUCCAAACUUUGUCUCCAUAUCUCCUUCCAUGAAUAUUUUUGUUCCCCCUUUUAAGAAGGACUGAAGCAUCUGCAUUUUGAUCUUCCUUCUUCUUGAACUUCAUGUGGUCUGUGGAUUGUAUCUUGGGUACUUUGAGUUUUUGGUCUAAUAUCCACAUAUAAGCGAGUACAUUCUCUCUCUCUCUCUCUCUCUCUCUCUCUCUCUCUCUCCUCUCACUCACUCUCUCUCUUUCUCUUUCUCUCUCUCUCUCUCUCUCUCUCUCUCUGUGUGUGUGUGUGUGUGUGUGUGUGUGUGUGUUGUGUGUUUGGGUUUUUUUUUUUUUUGUGAUUGGGUUACCUCACUCAGGAUAUUUUCUAGUUCAAUUCAUUUGCCUAUGAAUUUCCUGAAGUCAUUGCUUUUGAUAGCUGAGUAGUACUCCAUUGUGUAGAUGUGCCAUAUUUUCUGAAUCCAUUCCUCUGCUGAAGGGCAUCUAGGUUCUUUCCAGCUUAUGGCUGUGAUAAAUAAGGCUGCUAUGAACAUAGUGGAGCAUGGGCCUCUGCUGUAUGUUUGAGCAUCUUUUGGGCAUAUGCCCAGAAGUGCUAUAGCUUGGUCCUCAGAUAGUAAAAUGUCCAAUUUUCUGAGGAAUCACCAGACUGAUUUCCAGAGAGGUUGUACCAGUUUGCAAUCGCACCAACAGUGGAGGAGUGGUCCUCUUUCUCCACAUCUUCGCCAGCAUCUGCUGUCACCUGAGGUUUUGAUCUUAGUCAUUCUGACCAUUGUGAGGUGAUAUCUCAGUGUUGUUUUGAUUUGCAUUUCCCUGAUGACUAAGGAUAUUGAACAUUUUUAGGUGCUUUUCGUCCAUUCGAUAUUCUUCAGCUGAGAAUUCUUUGUAUAGGUCUGUCCCCUAUUUUUAAUAAGGUUAUUUGGCUCUCUGGAGUCUAACUUCGUGAGUUCUUUGUAUACAUUGGACAUUAGCCCUCUAUUGGAUGAAGAAUUGGUAAAGAUCUGUUCCUAAUCUGUUGGUUGCCAUUGUGUCCUAAUGACAGUGCCUUUGCCUUACAGAAGCAAAGGAUUCUUUAUUCUUUAACCAGGCCUUUCAUUUGUUUGUUUGGAUUUUCAUUUCCACCACCAUUUCUGUUUAAAUGAAGUUUCCUCUUGGUGUGUUGACUAGUUCGCACAUUUUAGAUUAGUUGGAGCAGUGGAUGGUCCAUGAGAAGUCGGACAUUGUGAUGUAUAGGAUAGAGGGAGACCAGGGAAAAGGCACAAGAAAAGGUCUUGGAUGGGUCUGUGUGAGGGAAGUAUUUUGAAUCCUGGGUGGAGGAUGUCUAAGAGUUGUAAGUUGCUAUCUGGGUCUCCAGCUUUUUCAGACAACUUGGUGUAUCCUUCAUAAGCAGCAGGCAGAGCUUUUGUGAGUCCUUGCCUGAAGUUGAGGGAAGAGAUCUCUACAUGGGUGAUAGCUCUAGCUUCGUUCCAUUCAGGAGCAUCACCGAAAACGAUGGGAAUUUGUGAAGGUAGCUAUACUAAAUGACAUGCUUUGAACGUAGACAAGCAUCGUUUUCUUGGAAAAAGAUGCCUUCUAGGAUUUCUAUAGCAGGAGAGGAUAAGUCAGUUGCUCCUUAAAAUAUUGAGAGGAACACCAAUGUUGUUAUUUAGGAAUGAGAGAUCUAGUAACUUUCAGAUUGUGAUAUCAUAGUACCACUAAGAAUUGCACUAAAUCUACCAACUCUUUACCAAUGAAGCAGGAAAUCUUAGCUGACAGCGUGCCUGGUUCCUGCAGAGCUGGUAAGAAUUCCAAUCUUUUGUAGAGAAUGAAGUUGAUGAAGGCACUCUGACAUAGGAUCUCUGAUUAGGACAUAAGAAACUGUUAAUACUAUUUUCACAUCAAUUGUGAAACCUGUAAAUCAGGGAGGAAAGUUUAUACUAGUCUUAUUAAGAAAUAUAUUUGGGGCUCAAGGGUGAUGGAUCAUGGAUCAGUUAAUCGAGUGCUUUCUUUAUAAGUAUAAAUUUCAUAUUCUUAAGUUUGGAAACUCAAUGCCCAUGGAAAGGUCAUACAUGGUGGCAAAUAUAUAUAAACCCAGGGCUAUAGGAUUAGAAACAGAAAGAUUCCUGAACCAUGCUGAUCACUAUAGCUGAAUUCAUGAGCUCCUGGUUUAAGUGAGAAACAGUAUCUUAAAAAGGUAUGGUGGAGACAUACUUACUGGUACAUAUGGACGGAGACAUGUAUUGUCAGUCUCUGGUUUCCAUGCACAAGUUCACCCUUACAUACAUAUUCAUGUAAAUGUGCAUGAACACAUUUAGACAAAUACUACAUGAAUGUGUUUGUACGAGUGUGUGCAUGUGCACACACAUAUCAUGGAAAAGAAUUAUAUUUAGGUCAGCUAUGAUAGUGCAUGUAUGUAAUCUUAUUACUUCAAAGAGAGAGACAAGAGGAUCAGGGGUUCAAAGGGACAGCCUCAGCUAUAUCUUGAGUUCAUAGAAGGAGAGAGAUAAAAGAAUGAGAGAGAAGAGAGAGAAUGAAGAAAAUGCACCCAUUUGUAAAACAUGUCUUACCACCCUAAAACCACCAAUGAACAAAAAUCAAAAUGUGAAAUAGUAAUUUUCUGUUAAAUUCUACUUUGGUCAUUUAUGAUUGAUUUGGAAAUUGAUGUCAUUCCUCAUGAAAUUUAAGACUUCCGGGAUGAUGGAGAAAGAAGCUGAGCCUGAGGGAGAAACAAUAAAAGAAUCCCCAUUAGAAGUGGAAUUGAAGAUAAUAGGUAACUGCUACAAUUUAAGACAAAAGAUAUGAAGCAUUGCUUUUAGUAACUGAGCAAAUUUGAUAUGGUGACCACUGUAAAAAUGAUAACAAUAUUUUGAAUCCUGCAAAAAUCUUAGUUCAUACAGCAGUAUCACCAUUAGUGAUUGAUAGUAAUAUUGUAAGUCCCAUUGAAAAUGAAUACUGUCAAUUGUUUAGGGACGUCACUAAUGAAAGGAAGAAUCAAUACAUAUACCAGAUUUUAUUAUUUAUUCUAAGAAAUUACUACAAUUAGUUAUGCCUUUGUGAUGCCAACUGUGAUCAUUGGCUUCAAUCAGUUCUGCAGACAGACCUUCUACUCCCAAAAGUAUUGUCACUCACUUCAGGCCCAGAUGAGCUCUAACAUUUUGACAAUAAAGCAUCUUUAAUGAAUGUAUAUACAUUAUUUUCAAAGGCAGGAUGAUAUUACAGUGUGUCUGUGAUCAUUCUUGAAGCAAUACUAAGGAAUGCCUAUGUCGAUAAUUUAAUUAUGUAAUUUGAAUUUUUUUUUAGGAUUCACUUGAACACUUAUUUUUAUUAACUUGAGUAUUUCUUAUAUACAUUUCGAGUGUUAUUCCCUUUCCCGGUUUCCGGGCAAACAUCCCCCUCCCCCCUCCCCUACUUUAUGGGCGUUCCCCUCCCCAUCCUCCUCCCUUGCCGCCCUCCCCCCAACAAUCUAGUUCACUGGGGGUUCAGUCUUAGCAGGACCCAGGGCUUCCCCUUCCACUGGUGCUCUUACUAGGAUAUUCAUUGCUACCUAUGAGGUCAGAGUCCAGGGUCAGUCCAUGUUUAGUCUUUAGGUAGUGGCUUAGUCCCUGGAAGCUCUGGUUGCUUGGCAUUGUUGUACCUAUGGGGUCUCGAGCCCCUUCAGGCUCUUCCAGUUCUUUCUCUGAUUCCUUCAACGGGGGUCCUAUUCUCAGUUCAGUGGUUUGCUGCUGGUAUUCGCCUCUGUAUUUGCUGUAUUCUGGCUGUGUCUCUCAGGAGCGAUCUACAUCCGGCUCCUGUCGGUCUGCACUUCUUUGCUUCAUCCAUCUUGUCUAAUUGGAUGCAUGGGCCACAUGUGGGGCAGGCUCUGAAUGGGUGUUCCUUCUGUGUCUGUUUUAAUCUUUGCCUCUCUAUUCCCUGCCAAGGGUAUUCUUGUUCCCCUUUUAAAGAAGGAGUGAAGCAUUCACAUUUUGAUCAUCCGUCUUGAGUUUCAUUUGUUCUAGGCAUCCAGGGUAAUUCAAGCAUUUGGGCUAAUAGCCACUUAUCAAUGAGUGCAUACCAUGUGCAUUUUUCUGUGAUUGGGUUACCUCACUCAGGAUGAUAUUUUCCAGUUCCGACCAUUUGCCUACGAAUUUCCUAAAGUCAUUGUUUUUGAUAGUUGAAUAAUAUUCCUUGUGUAGAUGUACCACAUUUUCUGUAUCCAUUCCUCUGUUGAAGGGCAUCUGGGUUCUUUCCAGCUUCUGGCUAUUAUAAAUAAGGCUGCGAUGAACAUAGUGGAGUACGUGUCUUUUUUAUAUGUUGGGGCAUCUUUUGGGUAUAUGCCCAAGAGAGGUAUAGCUGGAUCCUCAGGCAGUUCAAUGUCCAAUUUUCUGAGGAACCUCCAGACUGAUUUCCAGAAUGGUUGUACCAGUCUGCAAUCCCACCAACCAUGGAGGAGUGUUCCUCUUUCUCCACAUCCUCGCCGGCAUCUGCUGUCACCUGAGAUUUUGAUCUUAGCCAUUCUCACUGGUGUGAUGUGAAAUCUCAGGGUUGUUUUGAUUUGCAUUUCCCUUAUGACUAAAGAUGUUGAACAUUUCUUUAGGUGUUUCUCAGCCAUUCGGCAUUCCUCAGCUGUGAAUUCUUUGUUUAGCUCUGAACCCCAUUUUUUAAUAGGGUUAUUUGUCUCCCUGCGGUCUAACUUCUUGAGUUCUUUGUAUAUUUUGGAUAUAAGGCCUCUAUCUGUUGUAGGAUUGGUAAAGAUAUUUUCCCAAUCUGUUGGUUGCCGAUUUGUCCUAACCACAGUGUCCUUUGCCUUACAGAAGCUUUGCAGUUUUAUGAGAUCCCAUUUGUUGAUUCUUGAUCUUAGAGCAUAAGCCAUUGGUGUUUUGUUUAGGAAAUUUUUUCCAGUGCCCAUGUAAUUUGAAUUUUUAAUCAGCCCUCUAACCCCUUUCUCUAUUAUUUGAGAUUGAGACCUUCCCCCGUGCUAAGGCUGUUUUAUCCAACCUUCCUUUCUCAGCCUAUUACCCUAUUUUGACUUUAAAUUUGUCCAGAUAUAGUUUUAAAUAUUUAUUUUAUUUUAUAUCUUUUUCCUUGAAUGCAUUUAUGUGUACCUCAUGUCUGCGGGCUGCCCAAGAGACCAGGAGUUGCUACUCCAUCCCUUGAAACUGGACUUUUAGGUGGCUUUAUGAGUUACCAUGUGGUUAUAUAAAGUAUAGAUCCCCUGCAAGAGCUGCAAGUGUUCUUAAGCGCUGAGCCAUUUCUUCAGGACCAGUGCCCAGUUAUGUUUGCUGGGGCCACUGUAGGUAGGUCUUUUUACAUGAAUACAUUUUAAAUACACUUUUUAAAAAUUAUUGAUUUUAAAAUUUUCAAGUGAAUGCAUAGAUGAUUGGGUAUUCUAGUAAAUAUUAUUACAAGAGUAUGUUUUCAUCCUCUCAAGAACAGUUGCUCUUCACUGCUGUGUCUGGAAAGACUAAAUCCUGUUGGAUUUGCUUCUGACACAAUUACAGACAGAAGAAUAAAAUGUACACAAACGCUGGCUUCUGCAUUGAACAACAGGUAGUCGGGACUGUGAUCUCUGACAAAGGAGAAUCAAAAGAGAUAAGCUGUGAAAUCCCCCUGCUUUUCUACCUGGAGGCAAUUUCCAGAAAGCGAUAAAGGGAAGGAGAUCCAGUCGCAGCCUGAGGUGAAGCUACAGAGAGCACCCUUCAGAGGUGGCCAUUGGCAUUUGCAGAGAUGAUACUGAGAACACCAGAAGUCAUCAAGUCUCAAGAGCAGCCCUCAGAAGUCUGUAGCUGAAAACCAAUUAUCUUUAAGAAUAAAAAUAAUACAUUUUGCAACAGAAGCUGUUGAGGAAGUCAAGGUUACUUAACAAUGCCUGCAGUGCACACAGGACUGGGGAUUAUUUCUGUUCCUAUAAAGAGGAGAGAGAACAUUGACUUUCUCUAACAUUGAACAGGAUUCUUCACAUAUCACAUACUUAGUGUCAUAGCAAAGCUAUGCAAAGACACAGAUGAACCCACAUUUGCCCUAGAGAAUGAUUCUCAAAAUAUUCAAAUUUAUCCAUAAAUAACCUGUAUACCAAGGAACUUCUCAUUAAGUAAGGAAGAGAUGCAGAGUAAUAAUAUUCUGUGUCAAAUAAAAGAAUGUAGAUAUACAUACAUUUAAAACAUGAAAUUAAAAUGCAUGGUCAGAAGAAAAUUAGUAGAAACAGAACCUGAGUUAUGGAGGUAGCAAAUGUAUACAUUAAACUUUUUUUAACAAUAUACUAGUUGAAUGUUGAAUCAAAGGAAGAUUUCAGAAGUUCAAAUUCUAUAUUUAUAAUACACUAUACACCACCAAAGAGAGUGCCAAACACCCAAAAACAUCAGGAGAUCUCCGGGAACUAAAACAAUAAAAGACUAAAGAUAUAUUAGAACUACUGCAUACCCAUAAUAACAUCUAUGUUCUAUAGUAUGCUCUCUUAUUGACCACCACAAGUAAAGAAAAAAGGGAAAGGGCAGAGUGAAAAGUAAUGGCAGUUUUAAAAAUAACUUGGUGAUUAUAAAUUUAUCAUCCAUGAAACUUACUGGAUUCCAAGUAUGAUGCACAUAAACAAACAAAAAUAUGCCAGCAGAAAUCACAAUGAUAUUAGCUAAAACAAGUGAUCCACAAAAUAAACAAAAACAACUAAGUGUUCUUAAUGACUUCCUGAAGAUUUAAGGUGAGAAAUGUCAAUUAUAUAAAUGGCCCAGAUAGUAAUGGAACAAUAUAUAAAAUAAAGUUAGCUGGGAGCCAAGAGAGUUAAAAAAGGAAGAAAUGAAGAAGGAAAAGCAAGAGAGAUAGAAAAUGUUCUAUAUCAGGAAAGUGUCUUUCAAAAAAUGAAGAGUAAAUAAAUACAGUUUUAGACAAACCGACGUUGAGAGAAUUCUUUUUCAGCUGGCAAGAGUAAGACUGAAUACUCAAGGGCAUUUUUGAAGCAGGGGGAAACAAAACCUGCAUCCACACAAAGAGAGAAACAGCGGAAAAUACUGAAUGUUUCUUUAAAUAUAUGAAACUGUUUCUCUUCUUUUGAACGUACUUAAAAUAUAACAGACUACUGAAAGCGAGAAUAAUGGCGGCAUACUGUGUGACAUUACAGCGUAUAUUUCAGUAAGUGUAUAUACUAUUGAUAUCACACAGCAGAGAAGAGGGAAGCAGUACACAUCUCUAGGUUCAUUGCAUGUGAAAUGAUAUGGCUCUGAAGGAAAAUGUGCAAAUAAAAUUGAAUACUAAAAUUAAUUUUCAAGGUGAGCUAAUAUUAAUAGCAGAAGGAAAACUAUAACGAUGUAUAGAAAUCAAACAUCAACGUGGUAUAGCUAAAACCAAUUAUGAUUAUAAUUACAUUCAUUGAGUAUAAAGAUAAAUAAAAGAUUUAUUGGUGAUAUUAAAAGAUAAAGGAAAGGAGCUUUACAUAUAAAACUAAACAAAAAGUAAAAAUCCACACUGAUGCUCAACAGGGUAUCAAUAAUGACAUAUUAUGCUUGUAUGAUCGUGCACACCUAGAAUCCCAGAAUUCCAAAGGAUCAUCUGUCCUCAGAUUCUUCUGUCUUCAUGUAUAUUCUGUCCUCCUCACUGUAACUCCCUUUUAUUUAUAUUUGUACAUAAAUAGUUCAUAUAUAUGUAGCUAGUGUUCUGGUAAUCCUUGUUCUUCCCCAUCUUCAACUGCCUUUAAUUCUGCCUAUGAAAGAGGUCAUGGUAUACAAUUCCAUUCCUGCAAAUGCCAUAGUUCCAUUCUUGUAUAAGGAGAAAUGAAACUCAACUCCAUGGAGAUAGGCCACUUAUUCUAUUAUCAUUCAACUAGAGAUGGGCACCUAGCUGGUUUCAUACCUUGGUUAUUGUGAAUAGUUUAGCAGUGAGGAUAGAUAUUGAAGUGGAUUUGUGUUCUGCUGACUUAGAGUCCAUGGAUAAUACACCAAAGAGAAAAUCUCACAUGCAUUUCUAUUAAGCUUUCACCAAUGUACAUUUCCAUUCCCUUUAGCAGGGUAGAAAGGACCCUCACUUCCUCACCAGCCUUUGUUUUAAUUUGCUUUAUCGAAGUUAGUUAUCCUGAUUCUGUUGAGAUCUACUCUUUUUUUUUCCUGGUUUUCUUUUUCUUUUUUUUUUUAUUAACUUGAGUAUUUCUUAUAUACAUUUCGAGUGUUAUUCCCUUUCCCAGUAUCCGGGCAAACAUCCCCCUCCCCCCUCCCCUUCCUUAUGGGUGUUCCCCUCCCAACCCUCCCCCCAUUGCCGCCCUCCCCCCAACAGUCUAGUUCACUGGGGGUUCAGUCUUAGCAGGACCCAGGGCUUCUCCUUCCACUGGUGCUCUUACUAGGAUAUUCAUUGCUACCUAUGAGGUCAGAGUCCAGGGUCAGUCCAUGUAUAGUCUUUAGGUAGUGGCUUAGUCCCUGGAAGCUCUGGUUGCUUGGCAUUGUUGUACCUAUGGGCUCUCGAGCCCCUUCAAGCUCUUCCAGUUCUUUCUCUGAUUCCUUCAACGGGGGUCCUAUUCUCAGUUCAGUGGUUUGCUGCUGGCAUUCGCCUCUGUAUUUGCUGUAUUCUGGCUGUGUCUCUCAGGAGCGAUCUACAUCCGGCUCCUGUCGGUCUGCACUUCUUUGUUUCAUCCAUCUUGUCUAAUUGGGUGGCUGUAUAUGUAUGGGCCACAUGUGGGGCAGGCUCUGAAUGGGUGUUCCUUCAGUCUCUGUUUUAAUCUUUGCCUCUCUCUUCCCUGCCAAGGGUAUUCUUGUUCCCCUUUUAAAGAAGGAGUGAAGCAUUCACAUUUUGAUCAUCCGUCUUGAGUUUCAUUUGUUCUAGGUAUCUAAGGUAAUUCAAGCAUUUGGGCUAAUAGCCACUUAUCAAUGAGUGCAUACAAUGUAUGUCUUUCUGUGAUUGGGUUAGCUCACUCAGGAUGAUAUUUUCCAGUUCCAACCAUUUGCCUACGAAUUUCAUAAACUCGUUGUUUUUGAUAGCUGAGUAAUAUUCCAUUGUGUAGAUGUACCACAUUUUCUGUAUCCAUUCCUCUGUUGAAAGGCAUCUGGGUUCUUUCCAGCUUCUGGCUAUUAUAAAUAAGGCUGCGAUGAACAUAGUGGAGCACGUGUCUCUUUUAUAUGUUGAGGCAUCUUUUGGGUAUAUGCCCAAGAGAGGUAUAGCUGGAUCCUCAGGCAGUUCAAUGUCCAAUUUUCUGAGGAACCUCCAGACUGAUUUCCAGAAUGGUUGUACAAGUUUGCAAUCCCACCAACAAUGGAGGAGUGUUCCUCUUUCUCCACAUCUCUUAAUGUAGCUUUAAUUAGCUUUUCUCUUGUGGCUAAUCAUGUUGAACAUUUUCCACUCACUUUUUCUUGGUUACUGUAUUUUAUUUUUAAAGAAUUCUUUGUGAUAUAUCUUUCUAUUUGUUGAUUGGAAAAUUUGAAGGGUUUUGAUAUUUUAGUUUUUUGGAGAUUUUAAUAUACUUUUGUGAGUCAUUUAUUGAGAUUUUAUAUACUUUAAUUAAGCCUCACUUGAUGAAUAAAUGGUGAAGACUUUUCUCCCAUUCCAUAAACUUUCUUUACUGAGUUGUUUCCUUGGCUGUGCAGAUUAUUAACUCUAUGAAAUUCCAUGUGUCUAUUGUUUUAUAGUGUCAUUUUCUAAGUAUUUUAUGUUAUAAUAGAAUGUACCAGCAAGUUUGAUUGCAAUAAUGGGGGUCUACUGUGUAUGUUUUCAGAGACCAGACAAGUUGUUUUUACUUUAGUGAACGGCAUCCUAGGUACUUCAGAUAGAUGUCUUUAGAGCUUCUGUCACAGCAUGAAUCCAAGUUGGGAAUAAUUUAGGGUACAGAAUAGGAAAUGCUGAAUCACCAGAAGAGUAUAGGUGAAGAAUUAUACACAAUGCGAAUGUUUAGAGAAAUAUUUUACAUAGUAAAAUGUAUUAAAUAUUUAUUAACUAUAACUUAUCUUUAACAAAUGCUGCCAACCCCUUAUGAAAAAUUAAAAUUUCAUCUAUCAAUACUUGCAAUUUCCUAAGCCCUGUAAUCCUCUUCCAAAUGAGAUUUUCCUAUUUUCAAUGGCAAAAGGGAAAAAGAACAGUAAGCAUUUAAAUUGUUUUCUUUCAUUCUUGCAAUAAUGUUUCUCUUUGUAUCAGGAGAUUUCUGAAUUGUUGGCAUUGACCACUAAACAGGGGCAUAUGUAACCAAGAUUUGAAACUGACACACUAGUUCCAAUGUAUUUUGUAUAUUUACAUUGUGACUGGGAAGAAGGCUCUAUAAACUUGAUCAUUAAAAAUCCAGGCUAGUGAUACAUUCAAGUGAAAGGCAUGAUAGGCACAAGCAAAGCUUCGAUGUCAUCUUCAGCAGUAGCUGAGUGUGGGUGUUUACACAUAAGUAUCACCUAGUCAAAUGUUAUUAAUUAGUUUAAAAUCCAGAACUGUAUAGAAAAAUUAUGGGCUAUUAUAACAAUUAUUAGUAAUGCUGUGCUAUUUUUUAAUGCCUCAUUGCUUGCCUAGUAAUCACUCAAUGUAACCAGAUAUGGGAUGACAGCCAGGGCUUCCCGAGUUCAUUUUGUGUUUGUCUCCUUUACCCUGGUUCAUUGCUGUACCUGCUGAUCUAUAAGAGUGACUCACAUGCCUGUUAUCUGCCCAUCCUUUUCCAAAGCUGACACUAUAAAGGUAAGAACAACACACAUCUUUCUAUCAGCUUUUAUAAUGUCCUGAUCCACACUCAGAAAAGGUGCUGAAAUGUCUCCAAUCUUAUCCUCAAUCUGCACUUCCCUUGGAUUCCAGAAAUGUUGGAGCCUCAACAGGCAGACCACCACAUCCUGAAAUAACCUCCAAACAGAAGCAUUUGUUUUGUGGGUACAAGGAUAUCCCCUCCAAAUGAUAACAUCUCGGGGGUUUAUCUUGAAAGAUUAGGGGGAUUAGCUAGACCACAGUUUGAGCAGGGCUGGUUAAUGAUGCCUAUCCCACCUGCCCCAGUUCUUCCUCUCAUUAAACCGAAAUCUCACGCCAGUAUCAGAAAGACAGUGAUAAUUUUUUUUCUCUGCCACUCGUUGCUCCAUGACUCAGGACCAGACCUGCCAUACUGAGAUGCUAACUGCUGCCCUAGGACUUCAGAUAUACAGCAAUAAAUGAAUGUGCAUAACCCAUCUAAAAUAGCCCGGAUUUUAUAUUAAGAGCAAAUUCCUAUAGAAAUACAAUAUCUAAAAAUCUUGUGCAAGAUUUGUGAUCUUUUACAAUUGCAUUUUGAGAGUAAGAACAUUUUAAAAAAUAAUGUCAGUGAUUUAAAUUACUUCUGAGAUCUCCGUGCAUUUUACACUUUCAUCUUGGAUAAAAAUUUUUACUGUUUUAUUUCAGUGAAGACAGAGGUAAUCCAACUUCGGUUAAUUUACUUACAAUACCACUGGGAAAUUUAAAAGAUAUUAAUUUUAAAUUGACCACCAAUGUUGAGUUAAAUUAUUAGUUUUUAACAUUUCAAAAGAGAGGGAAGCUUGUAGACUGAAACCCUUUCCUAAUUCAUUAACUCCCAUACAUGGCUUCUUAACUUCAUUAUGAUACUCUGAUAGGAAGGAAAUAUGCAAUAUAUUUUCAUUUAUCAACCAUCAACAUUCAUUAAGCCAUUAUGAAUUUGGACCACGUAAGAACAACAGGAAAGAAAUGCUCUAAUGGCCUGGCUUUUCUGAGAACAUAAGGUUGAGUAAUAAGAAGCCUCAAAUAAUAUUUCAAAUGAUAUUUUAAAGUUAGUCGAUAUGUUAGCAUGUAGAAAGGCCAAGGACUUUGGAAGAAAAGCAAGGGUUUAAUGGAACCAUUAAAUUCAACACUGAAAUUUCUAUCUUUAUUUCUUCAUUUCAUUCUUAAAAUUGUUGCGUUCUCUAUAGCACCCCAUUCCCUGAGGUGAUGAGGUACCUCGUUUUCAGCAUCGUCUUAGUAGGUUUACCCCCUCCAUAAGUAUCUCUCCAUUGAGUCUAUCAGCCUAACAAGCCCAUCCACAGAAGCUUAGUGCAUAUGGCUCUGUUCCCUUCUUUUCUCUCUCUAUUCUCAUUUGAUAAAUCUGGUCUCUGUAGGAAAGACAGCAGCCAUUUCACUUUAGAAGAAAGUCUAUUUUAAGUAGCAGCUGCUUGGGGAAAGUUUGGAGACUUUAAUCCUUAGUUCUUUUUUCUUUCACAAUGCUAGCUGGCAUGCAGUCAGCAGGAAAGUAAAGCCAGAGCUUUCAGAGAAACAUUCACAGUAGAGAGUAGUGGCCCAUUAUGACUGAACAAAGGCAAUUCUCCUGGAAUCAUUUUCUAGGAAAGCAUGUUAUGGCUUUGUGACUUUAUUACAAAAGGAGGAAGGGCAGAAGAAGAAAAAUGAAGAGAAGGAAGAAUAGAAAAUAUAAAAAUGAAAGAACACUAAGUUAUCAACCAUUUUUCUCCUAUUCACAUAAUUAAUAUGUUCUUUUUGACACCUUACUUUUGAUCGUCCUUGCUGGGUUGACCAAGACACUCUGUGCUUAGUGUAACAAACCAUUGCUAUUACUAUGUUUACUUUAAAUGCAACCAUUUGUUUUGUAUGUUAAGUGGAGAAUAAUCUUUCUCAAGCACGAAACACUCCCCAUCUCACCUAGGUGUCAUUUCCUUACUGGUUAGUUUCCAGUGGUGGUUAGGAAAAUUUCUUAGCAUCUGCUAAUAUCUGAAAUGUCCUUUGCCAUGACUGAUAGUCAUAGUGGGUUAUCUUUUCUUUUAUGGUGCUUGUUUUGUUUUGUUGGAUUUUUUUUAUGUAGUUUUGGUUAAGUAUUUUUAAAAGUUACAUAGAAAAAAUUGUCUUCAUAUUUUGGUGUCCCUAUUGAGCCUGCAUGCUUCUAUGAUUUCUCUAUUGAUCCCUACGUCUUAAAUGUCCCAAAUGGAUAAUUGGCCUAAGUGUUCCUUUCCUGUUGCCCUUCUCUCAGCUUAGUCUUAGAAGAUACUGUCAGCUUUUUAAGUAACAGCAUACACAAUAGACUGGUGUGUAUAUAUGUACUUUGAAUUUGAAUUUCAUUUCCUUUCAAAGCAUUAAAAUUUACAUUUUACAGUCUAUUGCAUAUUAGUGUGUGUGUGUGUGUAUGAAAGAGAGAGAGAGAGAGAGAGAGAGAGAGAGAGAGAGAGAGAGAGAGAGGGAGAGAAAUGUAUUAUAUAAGAUGGAUUCUCUAUUCCAAACAGAAGUUUUAUGUUGCUGACAUAAAUUAGGAUUUCAAAUGUCAUUAUAUUUAUAUUUAAAAGGCCAGGACAGUUAACAAAAACUGUUCUUUUAAAAGAUUUAAGUAUAUAUUAAGUGAGAUUUUCAUGCAAGCACAUUACUGUGGAAAUAGUGAAAGGAUGCACUUAAUGUUUCAAAUAUCUUUCCUUAGGUGAAUCUAGGGUGUGAUUCCCAGAAGCAAAUCAGAAUGCAUUGUAGUGGCAUUUCUGUCUGAUUCCCAGCCAGGAAGCCCUGCAUUUAUAUUAUUAUUACAUAUCUUUUUUAGAUAACAACCCCUCAUCUGUGUGUGAGGUGUAUCUGCUCAAAUUUGUGUAGCUUCUUGGCUUCUCUUAUUUAGGGAACCUGUAGACCAUGAGAAUGGCAAUACUCUGCAUAUUAUGAAUUCUGACUUAGUCAGUUUUCUUCUUAAUGUGUUUUCUUACCAAUGAGUCACUAAGUCUGUUCUUCAGGAUCUUCUGCAUCCAGAAUCCAGUGGCUGUAUGUACAUUGUAAGGGUAGAGCCAAGGGUAACUGAUAAAUUCUGUCUUGAAGGCAAGGCAUGUGCUAAUAUGCCAGUACUCCUACAUGUGAGGCAAAUGUUGUAACUUCUCAUUGUUCUACAGUAUGUAGUGUGAUGAUUUCCUAGCCUGCUCAGCCCACUUCAUUGUGGAAGGAAUCAAAUAAUUAGUUGGCAUUGAUAGAGAACAGACAAAACAGACUGGCCGCUAUUAUAUUACAAUGAUUGCACGCGCGCGCGCGUGUGUGUGUGUGUGUACUCAUACAUGUCGAGAUCAAAGGAAAAAAUUCAGGAGUCAAUUCUCUACUUCUACUGUGGGUCUCAGCAUCCAACUAUGCAAAUGAUGUCAUCAGGACCAGCAGAAAAGUCGGUCAUCUUAUUGGGCCCUAACAUAAAAAUGUUCUUUAUUAUAAAUACCCAACCAAAAAAUAAAAUUCACCUUUAGUGAAAAGAAAAAUCAUAGUUCUAGAGAACUAGACAGUAAAAUGUCUGGCUUUAAAUGUUGUCAUGGCCUUUUUAUAAGUAAACUUUGUUGAAUUUAUUACUUGAAGAUUUCACACAUGUAUGUAAUGAUUUUUGAUACAGUAAUUCCCACCUACAUUUGUGUCAUUCCCACAUAUAUUAUGUCACCGAUCUCCCUCCCCACGAGUCCCUUUGUCACAAUCAUAUCCUUCUUUUUGUUCCGAGGCUCACUGCAGUUCAUGAGGGUCUCAGUGACUGUGAGUUUGGAUUUCUCCAAUGAGGUCUAAUGGGCUUGUCAGUGGCAAUAGAGCUAAAGAUGACAGCUCUUCCCAGAAUCCAUCAGUAGCCACUUGUUCAGCCGAGGUAGUAGGGUCCUGGAAGUAAUGAAUGCCAGUUGACUGGCCCAGCCUGUGUAGAUCCAGGCCUACUGCAGGACAAAGACUGCUGCAUCUGCCAUGCCACACGCAGCAAAGCGUAUCUCCCGGUCCUUCUCAUUCCUUCCUCUGACACUUUUACUGCCACUGCUCCUACAAUCUUUUCAGCUUCAACAUCUUACACUGUUGAAAGAAAACCAAAAAUUGACGUCAUUUUAAAUUAAGAUAUUUUUGGAUUAUUAUCUUUUGGAUAUAAUUUGGAUUAUUAAAUAUUUGAAACACUUUGAGUAAUUGUAAAGACUUUGUGAAACAGCUUGCACUGUUAUUAGUCUGUCAUCAUGCUGGCCAUUUAAAUAUUGACUCAUUUAACUAUUCCAAGGGACUACUCCUUCUCCUUUUCAUAGAUAAGGACAGACAGACAUAGCUUAAACAACUGGAGUAGCACUAGACAGGGACUGCGUGUGUUUAAUGCUAAAAUUUUGGAAAUAAGUACUCCAGAGUAUGCACUUGAGAUAAAAUACUAGUUGCCCAGUCCUGAGAACUGAACCAUCAGGGAGUCAUCCUGCUAGUCCAGGAUAAAACUUCAUCUGGCUCUUUGGACUUUUGUUAAAUAUGAUCUGGUUUCUAGAGCACACAUUUUAUGUAGUUGUAUCUCAGUUUAGAAAGAUUCUGGAUUCAAGACUCCUAAUCAUUUUCUCUUCCUUCUUCAUAACAUUCUGGUUUUCAUAUUUAUGGUCUUACUCAAAUUAUUUAUCUCAUUUAAUCUGCACAUUCAUUAAAAAUUUACAAGGUAUGUUGAAUUAUUAGGCUUAUGUAACACAGCCAGCAUCCUACAUACCAUGAAUUUGAGAAUUUUCACAUUCUAAUGUUUGUCUUCCUUCAAACUCAGAACCAGAUAACUACCAGUGCUCACGUAUUUGUCCUCACACAACUUUAACCUGUAAUAUUGAUGUUUCCUCUAGAAAAAAUUUAUAGACAACCCCUCAGCCUGAGUGCAGCAUAAUACCGUUAGGAUAUUCUUUUUCUCCGAUUCACCUUAGAUUUCAUUUCAGGAUUAGAUGAUAUGAUUAGACACUUUCUUUAAAUUUGCUAAGUUUUACAAUGCUACUGUAGUUACGGAAUUCACACUGAACACAUUGAUUCAGAGCGUUUCAAAAUUCAGAUAUUUUUCUUGAAUCUGUUUACAAUUGCCAGGUUUCUUUGGCCUUAAAUGAAGAUGUUUGCAACUGACAGUAAUGGCCUUGGUUAUCAUGCUUUGAUGUGCGUCCCAUGUCUGUGUAUAUGUGUAGAUGUUUAUGCUUAAAUUGUCGCAUUGACGUCUUUGUUAUUUCCAUCUGACUUUCACAAAUUCUGAAAUUGUCCCCACCCCUUCUUCUCUCAUCAUCAUUCCAAAUUUUUGACUUCUACAAAUAAAUCCUCCUACUUUACCAGUUCCUACUCAUUUUGAGCAUUGUUGUUCUCCCACGUGUAAAAUUCUCUUAUGUUGAGGCCAUUUCUUGUACCAUGAUGAUGACUGUUUCAUUACCUUCUAUAACAGUUGGUGAAGGCAUACUAGAUGGGUGAGGAGCAGGUGUUUGUGUUAGAAACAUGGGUGAUAGUAGACAGUGACAAGGUCAAAUGAAAGAAGAACUUUAACCUCAUUAAAGGACAUGACACAAGGAGGCUCUUAACUUAAAAGAGGGGACAAAGUAUGUUUUGCAAAUAAGGUAGUCAUAUAAACAUAAGAAAAAGAGUUUUUUUUUUGUUCCCAGCACCAAUGUACAGACAUGAGUUCUAUUUGUACUUUAAUCAAGCACUGAAGUGGCAGAGACGAGAUGCUCGGUUCAGUCAGAGAUCCUACCUCAAAAAUUAAGGUGGGGAUUCAUUUGGAAAGUUACAUUAUGUCCUAAACAUGCACACAUACACAGUUACACACAUACAUACACAACUGCACAUCUACAUACAUGAACAUGAACAAAUAUAUAACCAGCAGCAGCAACAGGCAAUCAUUUCCCUGAGAGACAUUUGUGAAGCAGGUGCCGAAGCAUGGAAUAGAAAGAUUAUCAUGUGUAGCUGGGCAAGGCACUUGCUGAAUAUUGCAAUUGUUUCUUGGACACUGAGAAUAGGAGUACUGUAUUCUAUGUUCACUGUAACAUCCUUCAUGCCGUUGUUCAUAGACCAAAGCAAACAUAAUGGUACACUAUGCUCGUACUGACUCAUAGUAGGUGCCCGAGGCAUCAUGUCAAUAUAUUUCCAACCUUGUUAAAAAGAGUAAAGAUUGAUGUGCAUUUUGGUCCUGCGACCAUGAAGUCAGAAUAAGAUUAUUAUAGCAUUCUACUGACACUCAAUUUCAUCCUGCUUUUGUUAAAGUUUGUAGCAUGGUUCAUAGAAUAAAUAAUUCCACUGUAAUCAGAGGAGAACUGUAUCCUGGAGGAGUCCCAAGUUUGGAGGACUGGGCUUUUACAUGCUUUGAUAGUAAGCUCUCUGGCAUUCUCGUCUGAAGAGAUGAAUAAAAAGUAGAUGAGCUAAAAGUCCAUAAAUAGGGGCUAGGGAUUUAGCUCAGUGGUAGAGCACUUGCCCAGCAAGUGCAAGGCCCUGAGUUUGGUCCUCAGCUCUGAAAAAAAAGUCAAUAAAUAGUAAAGACAUAGAACAUUGAAAUGUGGGCCUGGAGAAAAGACCCAACCAUUAUAACAAUCUACUGCUCUUGAAGGAACAGAAUUUGGUUCUCAGAGCCCACUUCAGAUGGUUCAUAACAGCCUAAUAUUCCAGCUCUAGAGAGUCUUGAAACCUCAGGGCUGUGUAGGCAGUUCACUUUACAUGCACAUACAAACACACACACACACACACACUCACACACAAACACACACACACACGUGCGUACAGGCACGCAAAAUAAAUAUUAAAAAGCACUAAAUUCUGAUACUCUUUAACUAUCAUGUUUUACUUUUAAUAUUUAAUGCAUUUGAAGAUAAUUUCUAAUGGUUGGCCUUCAUGUUGCUUAUAUAGAAUGCUGAUAAAAACAAAUAUUGCAAUAGUUAGCUAUCAAAUAUACAGAUUAUUUGCAAGCAUCAAUGAGAUGUUAAAGGGAGAAUCUGAGUCAUUUAUGUAUGACUGUGUAAGCAUAUACAUGUAUAUAUAAUGUAUGUAUUGAAUUACACAUAGAUAUAUGUUGUUUUUCUAAUGAGGGCCAAGAGUUAAAGUACUGAGAAUAAUGAAGGUGGAUAUUCACAUAAAUUCCUAUAUUUUAUGAACAAUUUCUUCUCUCAUUUACUAAUUAUCACUAAGGAUAAAGUUCCAAUUUAUGGCUCAUUGUCUUAGUGCUUGUGUUUUCUUGAUGUCUAGCAGUUAGGGACAGGUAACUCAAUUUCCUAUUAUAAAUAAUGAAUAUCAGUAAUAUAUACAAAAUAGGACUGGGCCUUUAAUACAGAAUGACCUAACUCCUUGUUUUUCAACACUAUUUUCUAGUAUACUUAAAGUUUUUGUUGGCCUGGAAAUUGCUACAGGGACCAUGUGACAUCAGAUUCAUUGAGGGUGCAUACCACCACACUUACUCAGACUGAAAUAAUCUAUUUAAUUCUCCUUGUUAAAUCUCAUUUAGUGAUAAACAGCUGAAAUCCCAGAACUAGGAAGGGUAUAGAAACAGCACAAUUUGUAGCCUAGACUGGGCUACAUAGUAUGACCACUUCUAAUGCAAAUGAGCAAAAAUAGUAGGUGGAUAAAAAUAAUAAUAAAUAAACAAAUAACAUAGAUAAAUUUAGACAAGAGUCAGUGGGAAGGGGUGGGCAAAACCAAAACCAAACAAAAAGAAAAACAGGAGGAAGAAAGAAGAGACAAAAAGGAGAGAGCAAAAAAUGUCCUGUGUUUUAUCUUUACUGUAUAUCAUUCAUUUAGUAGUGUCACACAUUAUAUUAAAUCUUCUUAUCAAUGUCCUGAUAUUGAUAUUAUUCCAUUUUGCAUCCUAACUCAGCUGUAAAAACCAGCUUCUCACAGUGCUCAUUCCCUCUACUUGGAAAAAUUGAAAUUGCAUGAUUGACUUAAAUUUUUAUUAUACAGUUUUAAGAGAAACAGGUUAAGACCACUAAAAAAAGGAAGAAAAAAAAGGAAUUGAUCAAAAAUAUUUGCCUGUGAACUGUGCGGUGCUGGAAAUGCAGCCAACACUCAGGGAAAAAGUUAAUAUCAAAACUGAAACAAAGCCGUGUUUUGUGAAGCGGUUUAGUAACAGGACAUUGGAAGAAAGCACAUUAGCUCACUUCAUAGUAAAACAGGUCCUGCAAGGCCAGGUAACUCAGGAAGCAGAGUGGUAAUUAUUCACAGAAGAAAGCCGGUAGUGUACUGUUACAAUACUACUGUAGCAAGUCAGAAGGUCACAAGGCUUCCAGGGUAGCUGACACAACCCGAAACUGCUUGGCCCACUUUAAAAAAGAAAGAAUAAAAUGGGAGAGAAUGAAGCUGGCUUACCUAACAUGGCUUUGCAAGGUAAGUGCCAACAGCCUUUGAACUGUUCUCAAUCAGAAACUUCAGUGAUAUUGUUAUCUCUGUGUGCGCAUGCACGCAUGCUCCUGCCCGUGUGCUUUUGUGCAAGUGUCAGAGUUGUAUUCUGAGGUGUCCAGAGGAUGAGGUAGAGAGGAGGAGAUUGUUACCGAUGUGGAAAAGGAAUGCUUUGACUGUUAUGCUCACUCCUGUAACAAACAGAAUCACAAGUGUAGUGGAGAAUGGAUAAGCCUUGUAAUCCCCAGGAUAAAGCUGGAGAUGUGGUACCACCGGGCUCCACUGUGUUCUUGGGGGUCUUCCCCAGCAAUGGCAGAAUAUUUACUUUUGUUUGUACACGUAGAUGCUUUGUUUGUAAUCAAGGACUGCCAUCACUAUCAGCCAGAUUUACAACUUAAGUAUCCUUGUAAUGAAUGUAACUCUAGUGUUUAAAUGAAGAAAGCAGGAUCCCAUAAGCCUAGUUAUCAGCUGACAGAGCGGCUUGUUUUACAUGUCUUACUUAAUCAAAUACCUUUGCCCUCUGAAGGGCUGGCUCUGUUGACUUUGGCUCCACUAGGCAGCCAUGGCUCAUUUGCUGGAAACAAAUACGAGGUGGAUCGUGCAUUUCCCUGUUGUGCUUUAGGUAAAAAGAUGGCUUAUCAUAAAGUCAAGGCAGAUCUACGAACCUCAGGACAUUCACAGUACUUAGACAGUGAUGACCUUCAAGCCACUGCCCUUGAUUUAGAGUGGGAUAUGGAGAAGGAACUGGAAGAGCCAAGCUUUGACCAGUUUCAAACAGAUAAUGCUGAGCAUCAGAACUUGGGACACUCUGAGACUUUAGACCUCCAUCUUGAUUCCAUUCAACCAGCAACUUCACCCAAAGGAAGAUUCCAGAGGCUUCAAGAAGAGUCUGACUGUGUGACCCACUACACAAGAUCUGCACCAAAGAACAACCAUUGCAACUUUUGCUACCUGUUAAAAAUACUGUGCAUAGCUACAACCCUAUUUAUUUUUGGAAUUAUAAUAGGUUACUAUGCACACAUGAAUUGUCCUUCUGAUGCCUCACCAUCAGGAACAAAUAACCCUCAGUUAUACCAAGAUAUUCUCAAGACAAUCAAAGCAGAAGAUAUUAAGAAAUCCUUCAGAAAUUUGCUACAAGUCUAUGACAGUGAGGAUGACAUGGAAAUUUCAAAGAAGAUUAAGAGUCACUGGAUUGCAUUGGGCUUGGAAGAUACACAGUUCAUAAACUAUUCAGUGUUGCUGGAUUGUCCCGGGCCCUCUCCAGGCACCAUCACUGUGAGCAGUACUGGCCAGUGCUUUUAUCCUGAUGGCCAACCUUGCAGGGAAGAAGCCAGAAGAGGCCAAAGCCAAGAUCUGUUCUACUCAUAUGCAGCCUAUUCUGCCAAAGGAACUCUCCAGGCUGAUGUCAUCGAUGUGAGUUAUGGAACUAUGGAUGACUUAAAACGGAUUACAAAGUUGAAAAAUACUACAAAUCAAAUUGCACUCCUGAAAUUAGGAAAAUUACCACUACUAUAUAAGAUUUCCUUACUGGAGAAGGCUGGGUUUGGAGGUGCUCUUCUCUACAUUGAUCCCUGUGAUGCACCAGAGUCUGCGGUCCUUAGCUCUGAACCUUUUAUGGUGACACUGAAUCCAGGAGGAGACCCCUCUACACCUGGAUACCCUAGUCAUGAUGAAAGCUUUAGACAAAGCCGACCAAACCUCACCUCCCUGUUAGUGCAGCCCAUCUCGGCAUCCCUCGCUACAGUGCUCAUCUCUUCGCCAAAACUGAGAAUGGAUAAAGAUGUCUGCCGCCCUCUAGAACUUCCACACAAUGAAAAGAGAACUGUCAGUUUGCAGGUACAGACAGUCACAAAAUUUAAGACAGUGUCUAAUGUUGUUGGAUAUCUAAGAGGUUUGACAUCACCAGACCGGUAUAUUAUAGUUGGCAGCAACCACCAUGCUGGACACAGUUAUAAUGGACAAGAAUGGGCCAGCAGUACUGCAGUAAUCACAGCAUUUAUUGAAGCUUUGAUGUUAAGAGUGAAGAAAGGCUGGAGACCAGAGCGUACUGUUGUUUUCUGCUCAUGGGGAGGAACGCCCUGGGGCAAAAUUGGCUCCUAUGAAUGGGGAGAGGAUUUUGCGAAGAUACUACAGAAAAAUGCUGUGGCUUACGUUAGCAUCCAUAGUCCCAUCCGGGGCAACUCCACUCUGUAUCCAGUAGCAUCUCCAUCUCUCCAGCAACUGGUUCUAGAGAAAAAUAAGUUCAACUGUGUGCGAAGAGCUCAGUGCCCAGGAGCCAAUGUCAGCUCUGUGCAGAUACAAGGUGAUGCUGAGUAUUUUGUCAACCAUCUUGGAGUUCCAACUGUGCAGUUUGCUUAUGAGGACAUCAAAGCAUUAGAGGGUCCAAGUUUUCUCUCUGAGGCCAUUUUUCCUAAACAUGCAACAAAAAUUGAAGAACUGGAUCCAUCUUUCAACCUUCAUGAAGUCAUUACUAAGCUCUCAGGAGAAGUAAUUUUACAAAUUGCCAAUGACCCAGUUCUGCCCUUCAACGCCCUCGAUAUAGCCUUAGGAGUUCAAAACAGCCUUAAAGAUAAUGAGCCUAGUGUCCCUAACCUGCUUGCCUUGGCAUCAAAGCUGAGGGACAGUGCUGAACUCUUCCAAUCAGAUGAGAUGAGACCUGCUAAUGACCCAAAGGAAAGAGUCCCCAGUCGUGUCCGGAUGCUGAAUGACAUCCUUCAAGACCUGGAGAAGAACUUCCUGGUGCAGCGGGUACCACCGGGUUUCUAUAGAAACAUCCUGUACCAUCUUGAUGAGAAGACAAGCCAGUUUUCCAUCCUUAAGGAGGCUUGGGAGCAGUGCAUUCCAGAGACAUCAAAUGAGACUUUGCAAGAGGCCCUGUCUACUGUGCUGAAUAGCAUUAAUUCCGCUCAUACUUUCUUCAAAACAGGACUGGAUGUGUUUGAGAGUGUCUUACUAGAAAAGAACUGAGAAAAUCUCAGAAUUUUUCAAAGUUUGUUUACAAUUGUAUAAGCAAAAGCUCUAAUUUGACCAGGUGUUUGUCUUGCUGUAUUUGUUGUCACUGAAGACUUCCCAGAAAUUUAAUGCUAUUAUACAAUAUAUUUUUAAAUGUACAUAAGAAAGAACAUUUUGUACUUUUUAAAAUAUUCUUAUAACUCCAUUGAACUACAUAACAACAAUUAUUGAAAUAAUACUUAAGAUUAAUCUAUUACAGAGAAAUAUGCCAUAUCUUUUAGAAAAACAAUGGUUGGGAGGAGAUCAAAAUAUUUUUGGCAUUGUCACUACUGUGGACAUAAUGUGGAGGAAUGCUAGUAUUAUUCUGACAAAACUCCAGGGACUUUGUUCUUAUGGAGACAUGAAGACCUGAUAAGGUUCCAGAUAAUUUUGCAAGUAUCUGUUCAAUAUGAAGACGUGAUACAUUCUGAAUGAGUGAUUGAUGCCACAAACCACUUCGAAUGUUUCUCUUUUAUACAAUAAAGUCUGUCUCCUUAACACAACUAGAUGUAAUAAUGCACUGGCUAUGAAAUUGUAUUUUGUAAGUAAUAAUGAAAAAAGAGCCAUAAACAUUCCAAGGGGAAAAUUCCCAAGAAACUAGAUGGAGCAAUUUAAAUGCAAAUUCUUCCUAAAGAAUCAAGUUUUGAAACCCUUAAAUUGCCUCAGUUGAUGCUACAUGAACUUCAGCAGGGAUGUACAACAACAAAGGAGAGAACAUUUUCUACUUCACUUUUUAUAGUUUUUGACAGAAUUAUAGAAACUGGGACUAUGCUAAAGGAGAGCAACACACGUGGCUGGCUCUCCCUACAUCUUCCACACAGCCUUUUGCUAUAAAGUGUCUCUAACAGAACCCUAUCUAACAAUGAUGGAAAAUGGCAGUUUGCACUCGAAAAUCCAAAAUAUCACCAAACACAACUAAAUAUUGUUUUAUACAACAUACAAAGUAAACCCUAUCAUAAAACAUAUGUUUGUUUUAGCAACAAAUACUCUUUUAAAUUCAGGAAGAAACAUUAACAUUUUCCCAUUUGUCAUCUCUUAUACUGGCAAAGCUCAAAACAGAAAAUAAGCAUGCUACUUAUGCUAUCAAAAAUUGGAGUGCUUUAGGGCCUGCUCUCCCAUGUUUGCUCAUGUAGGAGAGAGAUUCUGAAUUCUGGCUCUGUCAUCCAGUAGCUCUAGAUUCCUUAUUCCCUCCAAACUAGAAGAUUCUGCCUAGGUGUGGACAAGUAAAACUUUUAUCUUACCAUUUUAGAAUAUAUUUGUUUAAAAAUACUUUUCUUGUCUGAAUAACAGUUUAUCUUUGGAAAUAGUCCAUCAGAAUAGUUCUUAUAACAGUUCCUAUUUCAAUCCUGAAACAUUUGGCAUUGCCAUUGUGUGCCCCUCCAUGUUUAUCUAAGUCUUUACUUCCUUAAGAUGAACAUACAAGUAAAGUUAGUUAAGAAUAAAGCUAAAUUUGAGUUAAUAAUCAUUGGCUAAGUGAUAAACAAGAGUUAUAUCCUCCUACCAUUAGUAAUGGUUGUUUUCUCAAAGCAGUGAAUUGAGGCAAUUAAUUAUAUAAUUAAAGAAGAAGCACAUGUUUAUCUGAAGUGCCUAUGUAUGAACAUUUUCAUAUGAGAAAUUAAAUAACUUGUAAUAUUUUAAUGCAUGUAUUUAAUGUAAUGAUUUAAAUGAAGUUGCUUGACACUAUUCUGUCACAUUGCUGAAUAUGUAUGGGAAGGCACUUAGCAGGUUUGGCACUGCCUAUGCAGCACUGCUUCUUCUCCAUUAUCUGAAGAGGUCAGCAGAACGAAGUUGGUCAGAAUACCCAUUCUGCAAGAGAGUUAAAUUCUAUGUCAAAGGGUGUUUCAUACUGAAUCAAUGGUUAUACAGUUCAUAGUGUGGAGUUGAAUUUUGUAGAUUACCAUCUUAGAUCAAAUCUCUACAUUGUUUUUGUACAACAAUUCAAAAAAGCAUCGAGAAUAGAACAUUACCAUCUUCUAGGACUUUAUAAGAUUAAAUACAUAGGUAAACUAAUUACGUUUGAGACCUUUAUUUCUUCCCUCUAAAUAUAUUUCAUUUAUUCACUGAAAACAAGUUAACCCUUGCUUAGCACACUCUAUUUGAUCAUUUAAAAGAUCAUAUAAAGUGUUUACAUUAGAUUUAAAUAGAUGUUCAUGAAUCCUGAAGGUGAUCCUUCACAGUUUGAAUUUAUAUAGCUCUGAUUCCUUAGAACAUUGUAUCAUAUCUCUCUCUGACAUGCUUGGCUCAAAUCAUUUUCAGGUAUAUUACAUGUUAACUUUUGGUGAACUCUCUAGUAGAUAUCAUCAGGAACCAAGUAGUGACACGUGGUGUAUGAAUCAGUAGUACUUUAAAAUACACCAAGUUUGAUAUCAAGUUUCAACUUGAUAAAUCUAGACAUCAAGUACCUCUGAAAGUACUUUAUAUGGAACUCGGCCCAGGAGGGAGCAAGUAUUAGAUAAUCCAUUUCCAAAAAAUGUGUGUGUCCAGGCUGGAUAUCUGGAUAUAUUACUCCUGAUCUGAGAAACAAAGGGGAGCCUGUCAGUCAAGACUCAGGCUAAGGAUAUUGCUGUUAAUCAUAAAUUCUUUGCUAUCCAAAUCAGAUAUGGUACUUGAGCAAGGUGAUUGGAAAUAUGGACAUAGGCAUGUACUCAGAAAAUCUAGGCUAAAGUCACCUAGAUUUUCAGAUUCUCAGUAUUCUUGUCCAGUGUGCACUGUCCUCUUUCUGAAAAGAUAGAAUUACAGAUGACCUUUCCAGCAAAUUAGAUGAAGCUAGGCACCUAGUCAGAUGCUGUUUUGAGCUGGGAAUAUGAUUUGAAUGCAAGAUAAGCUCAUGUUUUGAAUAUACUUGACAAAAUGUUCCCAGAAAAUCAGGGCAAAGAACGGAAAGUUUGAGAAAUGACUAUAGAUGAUGCCAGAAGUCAGGAAGAAGGAUGCUGAGCAACAUAUAACAGAGAGAUCUGCUACCUGGAAACAUCAACAGUGUUUGCUUGAAAUGUAAAAUUGGAGGAUUCUUCAGAAAAUUUAUUUUCAGAUUUGAUAUCAUCUAGUUUAGUGAUUUUUAAUCUACAUAAAUCCUGUAUCCUAAUAAAACAUCCUUUUGAAAAUCAUUAAAGUAAAAAGAAAGAAAGUCAUAGUAAUGAAGGAUUCCAAAUAUUAUUCAAAAUGCCAUUAUUAAAACCCCAAAGAAGGGGUUGGAGAGAUGGCUCAGCAGAUAGGAACACUUGCAACUCAGUCAUGAAAACUUGGAAAACAAAAACAAAAACUUGGAAUCAGUUUCCUGCAGUCGUCAGGGAGCUCAUAAAUUCUUGCACUAAGGGAUUCAAUGACCCAAUCUUAUUCUUCAAAUACAUCACACACCACACACACACAUACACACACACACACACUCACUAUUAAAAUAAACCCCCAACAAAAUAUAGGUAAUACAAAAGAUGACCUGCUUUAUCUAUAAAAGAGAGGUAGGGUGUAGCCAACAUUUAUGCAAGCUUCAGCAGACACUAGACUAGACAUGGUUUACAUUUUCCCCCCUAGUUGACUGUAUACACCAACUGAUUUAACAAGGAAGAAACCAGGUUUGAUGAGACAUCUUCAGACUUUUCAGAUCGAUAAUAAUAAUAGUAAUAAUAAUAAUAAUAAUAAUAAUAAUAAUACAUGUUGUGUUAUUUCUUUCUUCUCAGUGGAACCUAGUAAUGUCACCAUGGGCCUUCUUUACGCCAGGUGCUCCAGAGAACACACAUUUUUCUAUUUGAAAAUAUAAUAUGAUAUAACAUUUUGAGGUAACUUUACAUAUAUAGCAAGCCUCAGCUAUGUUAACAGCUUUGGCCAGGAGCCACUUCAUUUGCAAAAUACCUAAGAAGUGAAAUACAUAAUCAUCAGUGACUGUAGUCCAUUUAAAAAUGGUAUACAUGUGUAAGUUUGAAACAUCUAAAAUUAUGAAAACUAAUCACAGAUAUACUAUCAGGACAACAGGUGUACACAUUGUGAAACCAAGGCAGAAUGCACUAAUCUCAUAAUGCCAUAUGCCAAAUGUUUCUACAAUUUGUUCAGAAAACAAUAGGUGCAUUGAUUUAGGAAUAAAGCUAUAUAUUAGACUUUAAACCUCAACUUCUUAAAUAAAUGCAUAGCAUAUUAGAAUUUUUGUUGGCUAGAAAGAUGAGCUAUGCUUUCAAACUCAGAAAAAUAAAAUAUUUGUUACAAGUUCAUCUGAUCUGAAUCAGUAUCUUGCCAGAUUAAAAAAAGAAAUUAUUUGCAGAAUAAAUUGAUAGAUGUAGUCACUAAUAUUCUCCAGAGACACUCUGUCCUAUAUGUAAUUAAUUCCUGAAAUAAUUAGUAUCUCUUUGACUGUCAUCUCAUUGGUUUAACAUGUUAGUGAAGUGUGCCUUGGCCACACAUUUUUUUAAUGGAAAAGAAUUACUUUAAACUGCCAAUACAUGUGCUGAGUAGAAGAAAAUUGCAUAUUCCAAUACAUUACUCUCCAAUGUGUUGCUCUACAGGACUGGGAAUUUAGCCUAGGCAUGAAAGAAUAAGUAUUUACUGAGCUAUGCUUUCAAACUCAGAACCUUGCAUGAGUUUAAAUUGCUAACCUAAAAAUGGCUCAUUAGAGUUUGCCAUUCUGAAAUCUGAAAGAGCAUUGAAAUUUUGAAGUACCUUAUCAAGUGUGACUACCCUUUAGUUGAGCAGGAUUGUUUUACCAAAUUUUGAAUUUUGAAGUGAUUUAAAUGUGAAGAAUUGCAAACCAUAAUGUAGCAUGUUGCUGGUCGUUACCAUGUCCACUCAGAAAUAUAUUUUAUUUUCCUUCUGGGUACACUUUAGAAAUGGUAUUGGGCAUACCCUUUCUGAAGAAGUGGUUUUUAAGACCCAUCUAUUCAACAUAAAUGUGUCUGUUAACCAUCUAAAGAUUUCAUUCCAUAAUACCUUUAGAUAUCCUCCAAAGUUGUGUAUCAAAAGUGCCUUUAACAUAGAGGCUUUCAAGUAUCCAAAACCUGGCUCACUGUGAGUGACAUGUUUCAUAAAAGCAUUUAUUAUCUAAAGUUCAAAGCAGAUAAGAAUUUUAACAGGAAAGGACAAAACUGAGGCUGAUUUGGGACCUCCCAUUAUAAUGUUUCUAGUAUUGUGUUUUUGAUAUUCUGACUCAAAGAUUAUGAUUAGCAAAAUAGUGAUAUUAAGGUUUUCAGCCAAAAUGUACUUAGCAAAGCCAAAGAAAUUUAUUUCCAGGAUUUAGUCAAGAAUUAGAUCACAUGCAACUGAUUGACUUCCUUCACCCAAGGAAUGCAUUAACGACUGUGCACAGAGCCUAAGAGUAUUUAUUUUUGCUCCUUUCAUGGUCUAAGCCAGUAAGCAGUGAGGUAGAGUUAAACAUAUUUUAUUUUCUGGGAGUAAUUAAUACGCAGCAGCUCAGUCACAAAAAUACUACACAUGUGCCUGCCCUAUGCCAUUUGUCAUGUGCUCUAGUUUUCUAUGCUCAAGAGAUUAAUAUGCAAUCAACUUAUGAAUGAUUGAACUGUAUUAAAGUUUAUAUUGGUCUUUUGUUCUAAUUAAAGUGUAGGCUUGGUAUCUGUACAGAACUUCACUGAAGAAAUUGAGACAGAGAACUUAUUUUAAUGGACUACAUAUAUUUUUAAUCAAAAUGUAUAAUUAUUAUAACUUUACAGAUUCUUCAAGAGACUUAAAUUCAAUAUAUGGCAAAUGGUUAAUAGCUGGGUUUCACCUUUGUGAUUUCUUACCUAUGUAAUAAAGUAUUUUUCAGUAUACACAGCAGAAUAAUAUUAAUAUUAGUAAUAGUGUUUUCCUUUGUUUUUAUAGAGAUGUGUGAUUGGACAUUACUCUGAAAGUUAGAACAUAACCUGACGAAUAAGAAUGGUUUUCUCUGUUUAGAGAAAUCAAAUAUGUAAACAAACAAAGUAUUUCAUUCUACCAUUACAACUUCUCUGCAAGAAGCAAAAUACCCAAACAGUUAAGUGUAGCUCACAUAAUAAUAUUCCGAGAAUGUUAUAAAUAAUUCUAUUUAGUAGGAAAGCCCAACUCUAUUAGGUGAUUGAGUGUAUACACUGCAAACAAAAGGGCUUGGUGGUAACGUAUUCCACAUAUUUUAACUCACUCUUUGAAAAAAUCUCAUGAAAAGGCUUCCUAGAAUACCCUGGUUUGUUUCUAGAGACACUCAUAAAAUUGCAUGGCUUUUUGAUGAUACUUUUCUGUGUGGGUUACCAAUGUUCAUACAUACAGGAGUUUAAUACUUUUAGCUUUAUUUGCUGUGUUUAUAAUAAAAUAUUUAAAUUAACAAUUUUGUAAAAUUUAUUUUUCCAGUACUAUAAUAUCAAAAAACGUAAUUGUAGAAUUAAAAAUAAAGUAGAUUAUGGAAAAGUUUAUAGAUUCAUUGGGGAUAAUUUUAAAGGGUAACCUCACCAAAUAAAUGUACUUUAAUUAAAAACAGUCACCUAUCAAAGAGAUAUGUCCAUUAAUAAAUUGCACUGCACUAUGCUCAAUGUUCAAGAAAAUAUUAUCAUCUGCGAUUGAUAAACUAUAUUGCAUAGAGAUUGCUAAAGUCAUUGUGAUCCUCCUUGAUUUUUAAUGACAUAAAUUUAUAGGUAAAUGUCUGUAUUAUCCAAUUACUACAUAUGUUCAAAACUGAUUGUUUUUGCAUGUUCCCUAAGUGUGACUGCAGCUCAGUGUAUAACCAUUUUGUGUUACUUCAAAUGAUUCAAUAUGAAGCUUUUUGUGUGAUUGGGAGUGAUAAAAAUGGAUAGAGUUAUCAAAUCUAUUAAGAAUGAGUGAUUGUUUUAUACUUUUCCUGCUUAAAUAUUUGCACAAAAUUGAAAACACAGUACCAGGAAUGAAAACACUUUUAAUGUAACAUGUUCGGAUUUAUAUUUUUGUUUGUGAGCCUAGCCUUUCCAACCCAUGUUUUGAUUUGUAAAUGGCUAUUUUUAAAGCUAAUUUCAAGUGUAUUAAAUACAGUUGAAAAUUGA